GCCAAACGUUGUGCAACUAUCUCGUCGGCACGACACGGGGCGCCACAUACGUCGCGACAGAUGUUAUGCGAGGAAAGAAGGAUGUCACUGCUCUGGCGCAGGCUUGGCUGCGAAGGUUGAAGUCCCUUGACAUCAAGCUCGCCGACAUCACCACUUUCGUCACAGACUCUGCCAGUUCGAACGUUUCUGCGAUGGAGGUGUUCCAGAAGGAUGAGAGUGUCAAGCACAUCUUCUGGAUUCCUUGUGUGGCACACGUCAUGGACCUCAUCCUUGAGGACAUCGGCAGCAUUGACUGGGUGGUGACCCGCAUUGCUCAGGCGCGUUUGGUCACAAAGUUUUUCAAGCGUCAUAGCCACGCUCGCGAAGUUUUGCAAGCUUUCACGACGAAGGCUCUGCUGCUUCCCGCCGAGACUCGCUUCGGUACGCAUGUGAUUAUGAUGCGACGACUUCUUCUGUUGCAAUCACAUCUUAUGCAGGUGGUCGUUGAUGAUCGAUGGAAGGACACUGUUUGGUCAACGAAGAAGAUUCGAGACGACGCUGCGGAGGUCACAGCAYGUGUCGGUUGUCCUCAAUGGUGGGAGGAUAUGAGAGCGCUGUGCAAGUUGUUGGAUCCCAUCAUGGACAUGCUGCAGAUGGUGGACAGCGACACGAGGCAGAUUGGCAAGAUUCUGCGUCGGUACGACGAGAUGAUCGCGCGUUGUUUGUCUGCAUGUGCCGCUUUGGRGAAGGAYGAGCAGGACGCGCUGCUUGAAGUAUUUGAYAGACGCCGUACCAUGUUCAAAUCGCCUGCUCAUGUUGCUGCCAUGAUGUUGGACCCCGAGUUUCGAGACCGCACGAUGCCAGAUGACGAGGAGAUGCAGCACGGUUUGAAACUCGCUCUGAUUCAGUUUGGGUACCCGGAACAUUCGGAUCAGCACACCGAGGUCCUCACUGCCAUUGACAAGUUCCAUUCCAGGGAGCCGCCGUUCGACGAUGUGGCCAUGGACCGGGCGGCGAGGAGCUAUACCCAUCCAGCAUGUUUCUGGGAGUCGAAGGAGAAGAGGUUCUCGCACACGGCCUUCUUCGCUGGCAGGAUACUGCGUGUGUGGGCGACUGCGUCGCCUUGCGAGAGAGCUUGGUCCCGUUGGAGUUUCAUCCACUCCAAAUCUCAUAACAGAUUGGAGGUGGUGCGGGCCGAGAAGCUCGUGCGAUGCCAUUGGAACCUUCGSCUCCUCGACAGGCAGGCUAUGUCGGACGAUGCUCCCAGUGACAGGCCACAUCCGUAUGAGAGCUGGGUGCACUACUGGCAGCAGGUGGAGGAGGAGGUGCCCACCGACCAGCAGAUUGUGGCAGACCGAGGAGCCCUACCGACUCCGUUGAUGGACGCCGGAGUAGAGGUUGUCGACCUUCACGCCUACAUUGCGAAGAUCGACCGCGAGUUCAAGACGCAACGCGAGGACCACCCGGUGAACUUCUACCGCCGCACCGUUCACAUUCGUGAUCGGAACGGAGUACUAGUCUCAUGCACGGUAGCUCCUCCUCACCCUUCAGUCAGCUGUCACGUGGUAUCCGCCGCAAGCAUGCGAGCUUCCAUCAUCAGAGACGACAUCGAGGAGAUGGGGGUGUGUUUUCUCCACGCCCUCCCACCCCAAGACGCGUCAUCGACGGAAUCAUCUUCGGAUCCCCGCAUCACCGAACUUCUCGACGCCUACAGCAACGUGUUCGAAGGCCCGCACAGAGUAGUACCGGAUCGACCCAUCCGCCAUGAGAUCAUCCUCGAGGACGGGGCCGUACCUCCACGCGGUUGCAUCUACCGAAUGAGCGAGGAAGAGUUAAGUGUGCUUCGGGCACAACUCGACGACCUUUUGGAGAAAGGCUGGAUUCGGCCUAGCUCAUCGCCAUACGGUGCUCCUGUUCUCUUCGUUCGGAAGAAGAACAAGGAUUUGCGGUUGUGCAUCAAUUAUCGCAAGCUCAACGCACAAACGAUCAAAAACGCCGGCCCUCUCCCACGCAUCGAUGAUCUUCUCGAGCGACUGGGCGGCGCCAAGUUCUUCUCCAAGCUCGAUCUCAAGUCGGGAUAUCACCAACUCGAAAUUCGCAAGGAGGAUCGCUACAAGACCGCAUUUAAGACGCGAUAUGGGCAUUUCGAAUGGCUGGUCAUGCCAUUUGGCCUUACGAAUGCCCCAACCACUUUCCAAGCGGCUAUGACAACGGAGUUCCGAUACAUGCUGGAUCGUUACAUACUUAUCUACCUCGACGACAUCCUGGUGUACAGCCGGAGUUUGGAGGAGCAUGUGGAACAUCUGCGCACCGUUUUGGAGCGACUACGACAAGCCAAGUACAAAGCCAACCGCGACAAGUGCGAAUUUGUGCGGCAGGAGCUGGAGUAAUUGGGACACUAUGUGACGCUGCAAGGCAUCCGUCCGCUUGCGGACAAGAUUGAGGCCCUACGAG